GAAGGAGGAGGAGGCAGGGAGCGCCCCCCCCUCUUCUCGUGCCCCUCCAUCUCCUCCUCUCCCUCUGCGUGGCGUUUUUUUCUUGCAGGUGUUUCAAUUUUAAUUCUGCCCGGUAGGUGGGACUUGGUGACUUUAAGCACCAUCAUAUUUCGCCCCCACCCUCCUCUCUCUCUCUCUUCCUUUCCUCCUCUCCCUCCUCCUCCUCCUCCUCUCCUCGCUGCCGCCGCUGCCGCUGCUGCUGCCUUCCCCCCUCUUCUGUUGCAAUCUUCACAAGUCUCUGGGAGAGCAGCGAGCGAGCGAGCUACGGUGGAUCAACAAGGCACCGAGAAACGCCAGCCGCACCGCGCACACACCAGCCAGCCAGCCAGCCGCGAUGCAGCGCUCACCGCUACAGUAGAGGGAAUAAGCCAGCCUCGCCGACCUGCCCAUCAUGAGUCCAUCGACGGAAGGAUUUUUUCUCUACAUGCCUCCGAUCGCUUGAGGUAAUUCUUCUGAAAUAAAGCCACAGCGAAUCGAAGAUGGAUGUCUUGUUUUGUCCGACCAAAUGUAGUUUUUGGAAGGUUUUCUGGCUCUGGAGCAUUUGGGGAGACUUCUUGGUUUCCGUCUUGGGUUGCCCUGCCAACUGCCUUUGCAAUAAGACCGAGAUCAAUUGCAAAAAGCCGGACGAUGGGAACCUCUUCCCCCUUUUGGAAGGGCAAGAUUCAGGCACGAGCAACGGGAAUACCAGCAUCAACAUCACGGACAUCUCUAGGAAUAUCACUUCGAUACACAUAGAAUUUUGGAAGAAUUUGCAGACACUGAAUGCCGUAGAUAUGGAGCUGUACACAGGACUCCAGAGACUGACAAUCAUGGACUCUGGACUCCGGAGCAUCCAGCCUCGAGCAUUUGAUAAAAACCCCCACCUGCACUACAUAAACCUCUCUGGUAACCGGCUGACUACGCUGUCGUGGCUACUCUUCAAGACAUUGAGACUUACCGAGCUGAGGUUAGAGCGAAACAUGUUCAACUGCAGCUGCGACAUCCGCUGGAUCCAGCUGUGGCAGGAGAAAGGCGAAGCCAAUUUGCAGAACCAGAACUUGAACUGCAUGAAUACAGAAAACAAAAACAUAGCCGUGCACAAGAUGAAUGUCAAUCAGUGUGAUCUGCCCGAAAUCAGUGUCAGCCAUGUGAAUCUGACUGUGUGUGAGGGGGAAAAUGCUGUCAUCACCUGCAAUGGUUCUGGCUCACCCCUUCCUGAUGUCGACUGGAUGGUGGUAAAUCUACGCUCGAUCAACACUCAUCAGACAAACGCCAACUGGACCAAUGUCCAUUCCAUCAAUCUAACCCUGGUGAAUGUCACAAGUGAGGACAACGGGUUUCUGUUGACGUGUAUUGCCGAGAACGUGGUGGGGAUGUCUAAUGCAAGUGUGCUCCUCACUGUAUAUUAUCCUCCCCGGGUGAUCAGCUUAUUGGAGCCCAUCCGCCACAUGGAGCACUGCAUUGAGUUUUCGGUGCACGGGAACCCUCCGCCCCAAAUCCAUUGGCUCUACAACGGCCAGAUUCUCAGGGAGACAGAGUUCAUCCGCAUGGAGUUCUUCCAGGAGGGGGAAGUGUCCGAUGGCUGCUUGCUCUUCAACCACCCGACGCACUACAACAAUGGCAACUACACCAUCGUCGCCACCAACUACCUGGGAAUGGCCAACCAGACAGUCAGAGGGCACUUCCUGGAGAAACCCUUUCCAAGCAUAUCAGAUGGCAUUGUCACAUUUGAGUACAGUCCCAGUCCUACUCCUCUUAUCACUGUGACACAUAAGCCAGAGGAAGACACGUUUGGGGUGUCCAUAGCUGUUGGGCUUGCGGCCUUUGCCUGUGUCCUUCUGGUGGUCCUCUUUAUUAUGAUCAACAAGUAUGGUCGGCGAUCAAAGUUCGGAAUGAAAGGUCCUGUGGCUGUGAUCAGUGGGGAAGAAGAUUCUGCCAGCCCCCUUCAUCACAUCAAUCAUGGCAUCACCACACCUUCGUCGUUGGACGCUGGCCCGGACACAGUGGUGAUUGGCAUGACCCGUAUCCCUGUCAUCGAGAACCCACAAUACUUCCGUCAAGGUCACAAUUGCCACAAGCCAGACACAUAUGUACAGCAUAUUAAGAGGAGAGACAUCAUUCUGAAGAGGGAGCUUGGCGAAGGUGCUUUCGGGAAGGUGUUCCUGGCUGAGUGCUACAACCUCAGCCCCACCAAGGACAAGAUGCUCGUGGCUGUGAAGGCCCUGAAGGACCCAACUUUGGCCGCCCGAAAGGAUUUCCAAAGGGAGGCAGAACUUCUCACCAACCUUCAGCAUGACCACAUUGUAAAGUUCUAUGGUGUCUGUGGUGAUGGAGACCCUCUCAUAAUGGUAUUUGAGUACAUGAAACAUGGAGACCUGAAUAAGUUUCUGAGGGCACACGGCCCGGAUGCAAUGAUCCUUGUGGAUGGGCAGCCUCGGCAUGCGAAAGGGGAGCUGGGCCUUUCUCAAAUGCUCCACAUCGCCAGCCAGAUCGCUUCAGGGAUGGUUUACCUCGCCUCCCAGCACUUUGUACACAGAGACCUGGCCACGAGGAACUGCUUGGUUGGAGCUAACCUGCUGGUGAAGAUAGGAGACUUUGGGAUGUCCAGAGACGUCUACAGCACCGAUUACUACAGGGAAGUGCCGCAUCCGAAGGGCUAUUUCAGGACAACGUGGCAGCAGCAGAGACUAGCAGCAAUGGCAGCUACAACAGUUGGAGGACAUACCAUGCUCCCGAUCCGUUGGAUGCCUCCUGAGAGCAUCAUGUACCGCAAAUUCACAACAGAGAGCGACGUCUGGAGUUUUGGGGUGAUCCUCUGGGAAAUCUUCACAUACGGGAAGCAGCCAUGGUUCCAGCUGUCAAACACAGAGGUCAUCGAGUGCAUCACCCAAGGCCGAGUCUUGGAGCGUCCUCGAGUCUGCCCCAAGGAGGUUUACGACAUCAUGCUGGGCUGCUGGCAGAGGGAACCUCAGCAGCGGCUGAACAUCAAGGAAAUCUACAAGAUCCUUCACGCCCUGGGCAAAGCCACACCAAUCUACCUGGACAUCCUUGGCUAGCAGCGGUCCCUUUCCUCCAACACCGUUGCUCUGCCCUUCUUCUCCCCCUCCCUACCUCUCCCUUGACCUCAAGCCAACAUAUUCAUAUAAACUCAAGUGCCUGCUACACGUACAACACUGAACAAAUAAAAAGACAAUUACAACUUCAAACAGAAAGGUCCUGACAACCCACCUGUAAAGCAGCUUGGCUUACAUAUAUAUAUAUAUAUCUAGAGAUAAUAUAUAUAGAGAGAAAGAUAUAUUCACCUCCCACCAGAAGCUGCCAUUACAGGAAAAUGUAAGGCGUUAUAAGAAAAAAGGAGAGAGCGAGGGAGGAAAAAGAACCUACAGUAUUAAAAAGAAAAAAGAAAAAGGGAAAACAGGAUCUUUUAACUCAAGGUGUGGAACUGUGAAUCCUACUGCGCUCUUUUGGUUCCAGUUGCUGGGCGGAGCUCAACCCAUUUGGGAAUGCUAAGAGAUAAUCCCGCCAAAAAAAACCCCUUAAAUUAAAUUAAAAACUGGCAAGACUGUGCCUGAUCUGUAGCUGCACUUUGUGGGCUCUGUCCCCUGGUGCAGAACUGGCAAAGACUGGGCUCUGAUCCAGGGUGAUGCCCCCUGGAAGAACUUCCUUUUACUGACCCCCCAACCACCUUCGUAUUGCCCCCCACCCAGCCCCGACUUCUACUUUCAGCAUUUGGGGACAGAUGCUGUUCCAAACAAGCUCCAGUUUGCUGAUUCUUUCACAUGUGUAGACUCUAUACAGUUUUGAUUUUUGUUAUUGGAACAUAUACAGUUCGAAAGGAUUUCAUCACCUACGGGUAAAAAAACAAACAAACCAGAACCAGAAAAUAGCCACUAGACCACAAGGAAACAAGAAUGGAUGUAGUAUUCCUGCUCCCCUUAUUUACUGGUUUCAGUUUUUUUAUACAUAUAUAAAAAUAAUAGUGAAUGAACCAGAGUCCUAGGAAUGUUGCCAAGGUCCCGAACAGUCGUCUACGAGAACCAUCCAGGGAAAAGGCAUAUGGGGAGAGGACAGCCUCAGCACAACCCCCUGGAUCCCACCACUGGAAUAAGCUUCUGUGUGUCCGCACAGAUCCAGCAUUCACCACCAUAACCUCAAUGUAGCCGUCGGUUCCAAACAGGGUGGCUUGGAAGCCAUGAUCUCAGUGGAGGAAGUCUGAGGAAAAGGAAGAGCAACCCAUUCAUUCAUAUACAACCCAGCUAUAUAUAUGUGUACACACACGCACACAGGCCCAAAUCUGUCUAUUUCCUUAUUGCCCUUCAUGCUAAUUUAUAUUGCACAUUUCCGUGUACAGAAUACUUUGCAAUCCUCCCUUCGAUCCUAUUGUGGUAGGUAAUGUCUAUCCCUGUUUUGGAUACGUUGGAGACCUAAGGCCAACAAAGAUGACAGAGAGAUACUUGCCUGAAGACCACACAGUGAGUUCAUGGUGAAGCACAAAGUUGAAUGCAGAUCUCCCCCAGCCAAUGUUGAGGUCCACUGUGGGUUACUCUUUUGUGUCUCUCUUUUAUGUCUUAACUGCAUUGAAGGAUAAGUUUCUUCUUUGGAAUCUGGCUGAAAUACUGAUUGGAGGAGCCAAGGGAAUACUUAUCCUAGCUCAGUUGGUUGCUGCCUCUCCUCUCUCCUUCCCACCCCAUCCUGCUUAUCUCCUCUCCCUUCCAACUAUUGCUUCAGUUUGUUGUCUCUUAUAUUUCUGCAUGCUGGGGCGGGUGGCAGGGGUGGGUUUAGGGGCUGUGUGGCAGUAGGACAUGCAUCAGCACCACUUGUCCUUUCCAUCUUUCCCUUCCAGUUGACAUGCUUCUCAUGUUGUCGGCCCCCUGGAAAAGGAUAGAGGCAUUUGCUUUUGAGCUGCUGUGAGCUGAAGAGUAGCUCCACAGGCGGUUUGUUGGGAGGUUUGGGGAGAGAUAGGAAGGAAGGUCCUUUGGGAAGGAGGAGGCUCAGUGAACAGCCAUGGUGGCUUGCCUUGCAUCUCAAUGAGCCCUGGGCUAGGCAGUGAAGGAUUGCCAAGAGGGCACUCUCUGAACACCCCACAUUCUGUCAAGGGGAAAGUCCAUAGAUCAGUGGCAGAGCAUGUUUUGCAUACAGAAGGUCCCUGAUUCAGUUCUGGACAUCUCCAGGUAGAUCUGGGAGAGACCCAUGUCUGAAAUCCUGCAAAGUUGCUUCUGGUCAGAGCAGACAACACUUUGCUAGAUGCAUCGAUGCUAUGCAAACUCAGAAUCAAGCAGUUCCUUAUGUUCCUAUGUUCAAAUCCCAACCACACAGUCUUUGAGGCAUCAAACCUUUCUGGUCUAUAUCUUUCCUAUCUAAUCAGGAUGAGGACAUGGCAUGCUGUGCAGAAGCCCUUGCCGAGAGGAGGAAGGAGGCAUGAUAUGUCACCAGGUCUGAGCCACCACUGAGCAAAUUUCAGUGGUAGAGCUUUUGUUUUGCAUGCAGGAGGUCCCAGAUUCAAUCACUUGCAUCUCCAGAUAGAAUCGGGGACAUUCUUGCAGGAAAUCCUGGAGUUCCACUAUCCAUCAGUGUAGACAGUAUUGAGGUUCAUAGACAAAAGGUCUGUCUCAGUAUAGGAUGGCUUCUUAUGUUCAAAGCAGAUACAAAAGAGUGUAAAUGAUACAGAUUUGUAAUGGAUUUAAUAUUCUCAAUGUGUUUCAUGGUCCCUUUAGCACCUUCCUCUUUCUCAAAUCAACACAGUUGUGUCAUUUAAUCUAGGAUGAGUUUGUAUGCUUAUUGCUGGGCCAAAGGGGCUUUAGAUUAUCCUUCCCAUUUUAUUAUGGAUUUUACAGUUAUAACUCUAAGAGAUCUGUGCAUAACCGGGAGGAGGUCUUGGAAUCCAGGAUUGUCCAGAAAGAGGGAACCCCUGUGGCUUAUUUUGACUGUGAUUGCUGUGUGCUUAGAUCAUUUUCCAGAAAUGAAGUAAUUUGCAGAGUCCAUGAAGUGGCAUGGGGAUUGUAAAAGGUUCCAGGGUUGUUCAGAAAGAGGGAACCCAUGAUUACCAUUAGUUUUUAAAUCAUUGUUAUUUAUUCAACACCAUCAAUGUGCAUGGCUCUGUAUAGGGUAAGGUGUAAAGUCAGGUCACUUUACAAUCUUAAUUUCUGGGAAGUCCAGGAAACCACAGAAGGAACAGGAAAGGAGAUGGCAAUCACAACAAAGAGCAAAUGAAACUUAUCCUCAAUUUGGCUUUGCUACAAAUUUGAAAGUUAUUGCCAACUGAUUCAGAUGAGCCAGUACAUUCAGUUCAUUCAUGAGAAAUGUCUUUGAAAGACAAAUUUAAAAACAAACAAUCAAACAUGGAUGUGUUGGCUACCCAGCCAGAUGA